AUGAUCGUUAGAAGAAAUGAGCACUAGAAAAGACAAACAUUGAGGACAAAUGUGAUUUGUUCUUAAACUUCUAGAUUCGAUCCUGUGGACAUGUCCGGAAGUCACAUAGUUGCAUACGGAAAUGGACCAACAACCAAUCUACCCACUCAGAGAUCGGGAAAUCAGGAGAAACUGGAAAAACUCUAGGAAAGCUCAGGAAUCUACAUUGAUCAAUCGAAGAUCGGAAGUGAGAAACUUGGAAGCCAAAGCGACUAGACUCGAGAAUCACAGACAAGGCAACAGAUUCUGAUAAGAAAGAAGCGAAGAGGGAACAGACUUUUUCAAAGGACUGACUGCCCAGCUUAAUGA